UCCGUUCCAUGAACAGACAUAUCACUUUCCCAAUGGAUCAGGAAAGUCAAAUACCAAUACAACAACAAUUUUUCAGGAAGUUCCAAUUUCCACGUAUCAUUGGGGCCAUAGACGGCACCCAUGUAGCAAUAAAGGCCCCAUCUGUUGACGAGCAUGUACUAUACGUGAACAGAAAAUCAUACCAUUCAAUAAACGUUCAAGCCAUAUGUGACAGCAACUUGAAAUUCCUAGAUGUUGUUGCAAAAUAUCCAGGCAGUUGCCACGACCCUUUCAUUCUCUCUAACUCCACAAUCGGCCAACGCUUCCAAGAUGGUCUAAUCCCCAACGGCCUCCUGAUAGGUGACAGUGGAUAUCCUUUACGUGAAUGGUUGAUGGUGCCUAUAAACAACCCUACUACAGAAGAUGAACGCAACUACAAUGAUAUGCAUGCAAGUGCAAGAAAUGUUAUCGAACGCUGUUUUGGAGUAAUGAAGAGUCGCUUCCGCUGUAUUCAUCGCUCUGGUGGUAAUUUACAGUACUCACCAAAACGAUGUUGUGAAAUUAUCAUGGCUGUUGCUAUAUUACACAACAUGACCAUCCACAUUCCAUUACUGCCAGAAGAGGAGAUAUAAAUCGAUUUGGUUGAGGAUGAUGCCAGACAACCUCAACAUGUUGCAGGUGCCAAUGCAGCACGCCAAGAACUAAUACGACAACUGGCACAAUAAAGAAAUUAUUCAUUGAACAGAUUUUGAAAUGGAUCAAGAAUAAAUAAUAUACAAAUCUUAAAACAUAAAUUCAAAAUUAAAUUAAAUUAAUUGGAUUUUAAACUUCAAUCAAUAUGAUUCAAGAAUCUUAGUGUCAUUUUGGAAAAUCAGUUAAACCAAAAAAUUACA